AUGUCCGCUGCAUCGCCGCACCGCCCCAUCGCCGCGGCAGGGAGCAGCUGCACAACAACUUCUCCCAGUCGCACUGCAAUCAGCGUGGAUCCCAAAUCUUAUCUCUCCAACGAACGGACCUAUUAUCGCUAUCUGCAUAUGUCUCUGCUUCUCUUGGUAACUUCGUUGCUGUAUUGACAGGAAAAAUCCCCCCUCCCCAUAUUGAAAAGGUAUGUUUCCGAAAAUUUGCGUUGCUGAUUUGUGGCCACAAAUCAGGUCUGUCUUGCAAGAAGACAAGUGCAGAGGCAUCUGCCCAAUUGUGGAAGCGAUUUGGCAUGCCGUUGGUCCUAGAGGGUAGCCGUUUGCAAUGCUGAACAGCUACACCGGAGCGCUCCCACCUAGGCUGCGGAUCUGGCCGCAGUGCCUUACUGCAAGACAAGUGGGAUUUGUGUACGCAAAUCAGCAUCAGAAAUUUCCAUUUUGAUAUGUGGUGGGGGGUUUUUUCAUUUUGAUAUGCUGCUGCUGCGGUUCCCCAACUCGUUCACUGGCACGGACCCCGAUCAAGCUGCUACAACGAUAUGGAUUGCAAAAGUGUCUGGGUCUGGAAGAAUGCAACUUGUGAUGCUACUUUUGGAAUCCAAAAAAAUCUGUAUUGCAUGAGCAGCAAGAGGCGUCCAGUUUUUGCUCCGCGGAGAGGGGAUUUCUCGUGCGGGAUAGGCAUCAAGAUGCCCGCAAAAAAAUUGUGAUGCUGGAGCAUACAUCACAGACAUCACGGGUCAUGCAAAACCUGCACGACAAACCUAGCAAUCUUCCAGACCCAGACAUUUUUGCAUUCGAUAAAGGCGGCUUUGUGCGUAUUUCCUGGCGGUGGUUGCAGUCUUCGUUGUGGUGUGGAGCUACGUCGUUUUUCACCGUCGUGUAUCGAAAGGAAAAACUCCUCUUCCGCAUACUGAAAAGGUAUAUUUUCGGAAAUUUGUGAUGCUGAUUUGUGGUGGUCACAAACCGCGUCUGUCUUGCAAGAAGGCAAUUCCGCAGGCUGCGCCGCAUUGUGCCGACGGUUUGCCAUGCUGGUGGGCCUACAGCGCGGACGUUUUUCAUGCUAAGCGACUAGGCCAAAGACCCUCUAUUCGGACUUGGUACGGGCCUGCAGUGCUCUCCAGCAAGACCGCGGGGAUUUGUGUACACAAUUAGCUUCGCCCCAUUAUACAGGCGGUUUGUAAUGCUGUUCGGCCUACAGCAUAGACGUUCCUCAUGCUAAGUGCCUAGGCCAAAACCUUUCUACAGUGGCAUGAUAUGGGCCUGCAGUCCUCUACUGCAAGACAGACCUGAUCUGUGUACGCAAAUCAGCAUCAGAAAUUUUGUUUUGAUAUGGGGAGGGGGCAUUUUUGCUCACAACAUCGUGUUGCUUUUCUCGGACGCCGGACCACACGGAGCAAUCCUAUCGAAUGCAAAUAUGUCUGGGUCUGGAAGAGCCGGGAAUUAUUUUCAUGCACAUUUUGUAUGACUCGUGAGGUCUGUGUUGAUACUGGUGCUAGCAUCGCAGAUUUUUUGAGUGCUUCUUGAUGCUAAUUACGCAUCAGAAAUACCCUCUCCGCGUGCCAAGAACUGACUCCUCUCGCUGCUCAUGCAACACAGACACUUUUAGAAUGCGCAGACAGCGUUACAAGUUCCACUCUGUCCUCCAGACCACCCAGACAUUUUUGCAUUUCAUAAAGCCCACAGCGGAACAUGUACAUGUCAACGAAAACCACCGCACCUAUGUCACUGCUCUGGGCCCGGAAUUGCUGGCAGUGGCGCUUUGCCUCGGCUUUGGCGGUUGUUUGUUAGUGCAUCUGUGUUGAGGUGGAGAUGAAUAAAAAAGACUGUAAACUGUGAU